AUGGCCAAUUAUGUGCGAAACCCAACACAACCCUGGGACUAUCAAAAGCUCGCCAUCGCUGCGACAGUCAUUCUCGCAAUGCUGGCGCUGGGAGCAUUGCUUUACCUACUGAUUUGGUAUGUUCGGCGAAGACUUCACUCCCGGAGACCUCGAAGCCAGCGGAUUCAGGAGAACGAUCUCUUUGAUCAUUCUGCAGUGUCCGUGGCAGAAGACACGAGCAGAACUCUCGAUGACUUUCUCAUGAAGGAUAUUCAGCCCGAGCGAACAUCAGUCAUGUUCAGCAGAAGCCGAUCUCCAUCCACCACUGUCGUUGUUGACAACUUCAGCCUCGACUGCUAUAAGUCUCCGUUUCGGUCGUGUUCCACAAACUACGAGAUAUCGGUUGCGCCCUUGAGCCACAUCGACAGUUGCGGACAGGUGACAGGGCAUGAAUCGGUACCAUAUGUCUGGCAGUCAGACGAGCCUCAGAGGAGCCCUGGGCAGCGUUCAUCAAGUACCACGCCACGAGCCUCCACUUCGUCUAACGUGGUACAAACGCCGCGAUCCUCCCAGGUAUGGGCUACAACUUCUGCUAGUGCUGAGACGUUUUCAAACGUCACUCGAGCUUCAAGUCGCUCUCAUCGCCCUCAAGUUUCCCCGAGCCCAUCCAUCACUCCCAGUUCUCACGCAUACACGAGACACUCAAAUGCUUCUCGUGGGUCAAGUCGGCCGCCUAGCACAGAUCCAUUACAGUCUGCAUCCCGGAUGUUUGACGAGACAGAGCUAUCUGGAACCCGAUACAUAGACUCUAUGAGAUCAGUGUCUCCUUGUUCUCCUGUUUGCUUGGUACCGGAAGACAGUUUGGCCAAUAUUGAUCGAUUCCGAUGGGCACCCGUUGCCGAAACCCCCUUCUCUUCUUCUCAUUGA